CUGUGUCAGUGAGAUAGAAACACACACACACACACAUACUCACUUCACCAUCUAACCUGCACAGACAAGAGAAAUGUCAGGACCCAGGCCUGUAGUUCUGAGUGGCCCAUCAGGAGCUGGGAAAAGCACCCUGUUGAGGAGACUCAUGAAAGAAUAUGAAGGGGUUUUUGGAUUCAGUGUCUCCCACACCAGCAGAAAUCCUCGGCCAGGGGAGGAAAAUGGAAAAGGGCUGAAUUGUCUCCCAAUGCUUCUGGGGGCUACAUUACUUCCUGUAGCAGACGUCCUGUCCUCUGAGACAUCUAAAGAUUACCACUUUGUCACCAGAGAGAAGAUGCAAGAGGGAAUCGACAAGGGUGAAUUCAUUGAGAAUGCAGAGUUUUCUGGGAACAUGUAUGGAACCAGCAAAUCAUCCAUAGAAGACGUUCAGGCACAAAACCUCAUCUGCAUCUUGGAUGUUGACAUACAAGGAAUGAAAAACAUUAAAAAGACUGAUCUGAACCCCAUAUAUAUCUCCAUCCAGCCUCCUUCGAUGGAGAUCCUGGAAAAGCGUCUGAGAGACAGACAGACAGAGACAGAGGACAGUCUACAGAAGCGUCUGGAGGCAGCGAGGAUUGACAUGGAGCUCAGUAAGGAACCUGGGGUUUUUGAUAUGGUAAUCAUUAAUGAUGACUUGGAAGAAGCCUAUGCGAAACUCAAAAGUGUUCUUAUUGAGGAAAUUGAGAAGGUGCAAGAUGCCAAGAAAUAGGAAAGAAUAAACGGCACUUUUGACCUUUCUGCCCGACAACACAAGACAUGAAGCCUUUUUUCCAGCCUUGUACGGUGCAAUCAUGCAAUCAAGACAGGUGCUAUGUUCAAAGGAGUGUGCAAUAGAGCUUUUCUCUGUGGGUGAGAGAAAAUCUGUGCAUGUAUGUUAAAAACAUCUCAAUCUCGGUUGAAGACACUUCUCUAUUAACUCUCUCGAGCAUGUUUGCACCUUGAAUUAUGAAGGGAGAAAACUGUAAUAAAAACGAGUUCAGUAAGCUAUUAUUGAUGACAAUAGUUUGUUUAUCAUCAGCAUGUUAGUUGUAUAGUAGAGAAAUGAUUGUUUUUAAUAUGUAUGAUCUUUGUAGAGCUAAGCUAUACAACUUGUUUGAUUCUCAGGUAGCCUUCAACAGGUUUGAAUGUACAGUACUCACCUGAAUGGUUAGUUUGGGUUGCACCUACAUGUUUCUAAAUUUGUGUUGAAUAUAAAAUUAUGUCAUUUUGGGUUAGCUGAAAUAAAAUAAAAUGAAACUACAGCUAUAUUAAAGCAUUUCUC